AGAGUUGUCCACUUGGUGGCAGUGUGAGACAAACUAUGACAAGUCGUGCGUCCUACGUCACAUCCGGCGUCCUUGCCGGUUCACUGCUAGUGUGUGGAGAUGGCGGACAGCACAAUUACAGUGACAGUUGCUCAUGGAAGCUCCAAACACAACAUCACAAUAACAGGACAGGAUGGAAAUGAGCCUACACUUAAAGAUCUGUCAGAAGCUCUGGCACAAGCCACUGGGGUACCACAAGCUUCCCAGAAAAUAAUAUUUAAAGGGAAAUCCUUGAAGGAAAUGGAGGAAAGUCUGUCCAGCCUUGGAGUAAAGCAAGGAUGUAAACUUAUGAUGAUCGGGAAAAGGAAUAGUCCAGAGGAGGAGGCUGAACUGAAAAAGCUGAAAGACAUUGAGAAGUCUGUGGAGCAAACAGCCAAGAAGUUGGAGAAGGUUAAUGGCGAACUGACAGGACUGAAAAAUGGCUUCUUAGCAAAAGAUCUACAAGCUGAAGCUCUUAAUAAACUGGACCACAGAGUAAAAGUGGCUGCUGAGCAGUUUAUGAAGAUCCUUGAGGAGAUUGAUGCCAUGACUGUGCCUGAGAAUUUUAGCGACUGUAGGGUGAAGAAAAAAGGACUUGUAAAAGCUGUACAGGGCUUCCUUGCUCAGUGCGACAAGAUUGAAGCCGGCAUAUCAGAUCAUCUGGCAAAGAUUCAGAACAAAAAUUUAGCCCUGACUGAAUAGCGGGAAGUUAACAUCAGCGAUUGCAUUAAUAUUUGCUCUGUGAGCGACUGAGGAAAAAUCACACUGAGCUUCAGUACUGGAGCAGGUUCAACAGUGUUUAUUUAUGUAUUCGUCCUUUAAAGGGCAGCUUAAAACCUGUCGCAGUGAUCUGGAGGUUAAAAGGUAAAAUAGUGGAAAUGCUUGCAGCAGCCUCAUGCUGAAAUUCCAAUUGGUCUAAUGUUUGACAUUGUUUCUUUAAGAUCUGUGGGUAAGAACAUGUACACUGCGUAGGUAGUGUAUCUCAAAGUACUUUAAAAUUUUUAAUGACAAGGUGUAUAAAAUAUUUUGUGUGCAUAGGAAUUAGGAAUUUAAUUUGGUCAAAAGCAUGGUGCAAUAUACGGUGCUUUAAGUCUCUUAACUCCUCAGCAGUGUUUUGAUUGACUCUGUGCUGGAAACCAAUUUUAAAAAAAAAAAAUUUUUUUUCAGUAUCAAAUCAAAUAUGGAGUUAUGUUUAGUGACCUAAAAUUCUCUGUACCCCAGAAAACAUGGAGCACAACAAUUACAGUUGCUAUUGUAAUGGAUCCUGAGCAAGGGAUAAUUGUUGUUGUGGUUUUAUUAUGAUAAAAAUCUUUACGCUUUAAGCCAUUUUUAUGUGGUGUGUGUACACAGCUUGUACUGUGUUGUAUUUGCUGUUGUAAAUUGAGAAAUUCAAUCAGGUAAUGUACUACAAAUUGUAACAGAUAGUAGUCAUGCCAAAUCACAUCAUCAUGUGUUUGUGUGAAUUAUUUUGCUGUGGGCAAUAAAAUUUUGUGUGUUAUUUUA